UCUGUGAUUAUGGCGGGAGAUUGUGAGGUUGAAAUGGACAAAUGGUAAUAUCAGGGAUUAAAGAAUCUUAAAAAAUAUAGUUGGAAGGAAGAAUGUUGUGGAAAAGCCAAUGAAACCCAAAGACAUUGAUACAUUACUGUUGCUUGGGUCACUUGAUGUCAAUCAUUCCAUUUUUCUUUAUCAGUUUGCAGUUCAUUGGGCACAGCAAGGGAAGAAAGUUCUUCAUAUCUCGGUGAGACGGUACUCUCAAAUUCCACCACAGAUUCAUGGCCUGUGCAGUCCAGGAACUGAAGUUUUUAGCUUAAUUAGAUUUGUGUACCUACCAACAUGGCAGGAUCUUCUGAAGUUCCUUUACACUAUCCACACACAUGCAUCCAUUCCAUAUGUUAUAUUGUUGGAAGGAUUGGAAGAUUAUUGUAUUAUGAAUGAUCAUUCUCAUAAAUCCACUGAAAAACAUGAAAAUGAGAUGCUGAAUGCACUGAUCUGUGGAUCUUUGCUGGAUGCUGCCUCUGUUUGUGCCAAGUACUCUAAAGAUAAAGCUGUAUUGGUUGUUUCAGUUAAACAUGAUAGCCCACAGGCAUCUGUAGUUCAGACUCUUGUAGACACAUUCUUCUUCAAUUCCGUUUGGUUACAAAAUGUUGAGGGUGAAAAUGGAGAAAUCAUUCGUAUGAAAAGUUUGGUAUCAUAUCCUAGUCAAGAACAAAGAACAGUUCUUGAAUUUGAGUGUAAGUCUGGGGGUGAUGUGUUUUUGAAGAAGAUACUAAAAUUUUUCAAGCAGUGAGUAGCAGCUGGUGAUGUUUCUGCUGCUGCUGUUACUGUUGUUAUUAUUGAGAAUAUGAGAUAUUUUAAAGAGACAGAAAUUUAAAAUGUCAAAUGAUUUCCUCAGUAUUUGCAAUAUUGAAAUAUUAGCACAAUUAUUUCCUUCUGAAACUGAAAACAACAAAUGCACAUAAAGGAAAUGAAUUGUAUUUAAAUUUAUUGAUAAAUAAAACCCAGUUGAUUUGUUCAUUUA